AAUUCCAAUUAUUUGAAGGGCGAAAAAACAGAUAGCAUUUAUGAUGAAAGCCGCUAAUUUGAAUAAACCUAUGAAAAUGCCGUCUCAAAAGCUGAUUACUUCGGUAGAAUCUAUUGAUAAGCCCGAAAAAAGCAAGAUAAAAAACUUAGUAAUUAUGGACGAUAAAGCUUCGUGUAAAGAACUGGAUCAGUGGAUAGAACAGUUAAAUGAUUGCAAGCAAUUAACAGAAAAUCAAGUGAAAACACUAUGUGAUAAGGCUAAAGAAAUAUUAUCUAAAGAAUCAAAUGUACAAGAAGUAAAAUGUCCUGUAACAGUCUGCGGAGACGUCCAUGGACAAUUCCAUGAUUUGAUGGAAUUGUUCAGGAUAGGCGGUAGAAGUCCGGAUACAAAUUACCUAUUUAUGGGUGAUUAUGUUGAUCGUGGAUAUUAUUCCGUUGAGACUGUCACUCUAUUGGUAGCACUAAAAGUCAGGUACAAAGAGAGAAUUACAAUAUUAAGAGGUAACCAUGAAUCGAGACAAAUUACUCAAGUGUAUGGUUUCUACGAUGAGUGUUUGAGGAAGUACGGUAACGCCAAUGUUUGGAAAUUCUUCACGGAUCUGUUUGAUUAUUUACCUUUAACUGCUCUCGUUGAUAGUCAAAUUUUCUGUUUGCACGGUGGAUUGAGCCCCAGCAUCGACACUUUGGACCACAUUAGAGCCCUAGACCGCUUACAGGAAGUACCACACGAAGGUCCUAUGUGCGAUCUCCUGUGGUCCGACCCCGACGAUCGCGGAGGUUGGGGUAUUUCCCCGAGAGGCGCCGGUUACACUUUUGGUCAAGAUAUAUCGGAAAGUUUCAAUCACAGCAACGGUCUCACUUUGGUAUCGAGAGCGCACCAGCUGGUAAUGGAAGGAUACAAUUGGUGUCACGAUCGAAACGUCGUCACCAUCUUCAGCGCGCCGAAUUAUUGCUACAGGUGCGGGAACCAAGCCGCCAUUAUGGAAUUAGACGACGCUCUUAAAUAUUCGUUCUUACAGUUCGAUCCGGCACCGAGACGUGGCGAACCGCAUGUUACGCGUAGAACUCCAGACUAUUUCCUUUAAAUACACUUAUUAAUAUUGUUUUUUUCUUUUUUUUUUAUUUUUUUUCCGAACGCAAUGUAUCAUUCAACCACAAAAAAGGAAGCAUAGUUUUUAUUAAAAAAAAAAUAUUUCGAUGGCGUUACCUUACGUAUACAUAUAUUUUUUUUAUUAUUUUGUCCAUUUUUUUUUGAUAACGGUUAAUAAAUUCGCCGAAGAUUCGUACGAUUAUUUACCCCUUAGACCGAACCUAUUUUUAUUUGAAUCGUUAUCAAGUUUUUGAAAAUCGAAAAAAAAAGUUAGCGCCAAAAUCGCCAGGAUUUUUAUACGAGGGGGUAAAGAGAAUUGAGAACGUCGUUUACAUUUUUCCCCGCCCUGUAUAUUGAAUUUAACGUAAAAAAAUUCGUAGUGUUUUAAAAUGUACUUCUAAUUGUUAAUUUUUGAUAAUAUUGAAUAUCCACAGUUUUUCAAGCUCUUUUUACACUUGGUACUCCGAAAUUACCACUUUUUACACCAUGAACACCAUUAGUACCGAAAAUUCCAGUAUUUUGUGUAAACGCCUGAUCAAACUUUAUAUGGAGUCGUCUCAAUUAUUAUUGAAUUAAUAAUUUGGAAUACUCACAGUUUUUCAAAGCUCUAUUGCAAUUGGUAUUCCGUGAAAAGCGUCUUUUACACAUUAAGAACACCAUUCGUACUCAAAAAUUUCUGUGUACAAGUUUACGAGAAUUCAUUUGGAGUCGUUUUAUAUAUAUUUUACGAUAAUUUUGACUAUACAACGUUUUUAACAUAUCUUUUUACACUUGGUAAUCCAAAAUGUCUACUUUUUACACGUUAGGAAUGCCAUCAGCACUUUUUUUACAUAAAACACUACAAUUAAUUUCUAUUCGUUUUAUAGAAUGAUUCAAGACAAUUUCGACUAUCCCUUUUUGAUUUGCAAAUGGUAUACCAAGACAAAAAUCAUUUACACAUUAAGAAUACCAUUUGAACUUUUUUAUGUAAAUAAAAUCCUAUAAAAAUUCUUAUAUUCAAUGUUUUAAAGCAAUUUCAAAGAUUUUCGUUUUUUCACUUACAUUUGGUAUUCCAAGAUUACCACUUUUCAUAUAUCAAGAACACCAUACUUGUUCUUAUAUGUUAUUUAUCCACAUAAAACACGAGAAUAUUGAAUGUUUUUACAGUUUAAGCGAAAAUAAACUUUUUUUACACAUCAGGAAUACCAUUUGUAAUAAUAAAGCUCAUUUUAUACUUAUCUUGAGUACCAUUUCUACCUUCACAUCUUAUUAUUUCACAUAAAACACAACAAUGUAGAGGAAACAAUGUUUUUAUACUCUGUAAUCCGAAAUAAACAUUUUUUACAUAACUGGAAUACCAUUUGUGCUAUAUAAGCUUGUUUUUACAUAUUUGAAGCAGCUUUUCUACAUUUAUACGUUAUUUAAUCACGUACAACACAACAAUUUUGAAUGCCCUAGAUGGUAAUCCAAUAUAAACUUUUUUUACACAUUUGGAAUAUCAUUGGCACUUUUUUUUAGAUAUAACACUACAGUAAAUAAUUUGAUUCAUUUCUGUGUAAUUAUAAUAUUAACAAAUUUAGAUUCAAUUUUUACAGAUAAAUAUCGAUUUUCAUCUCAAACGACAAAAAAAUGAUUUUAAUUUUAAAAAAAUUGUAAAAACCCAAAAAAUUUUUGUAUGAUUUUAUGGGAAAAAACGACGUUUCGGGUUGAUUCUUUUUGCGCCGUUAGUGGAAAAAAAUUAUUAAAAAAAAAUAAAACAAUGUUAAAUAUUCUAAGGUAUUUUAAUGCAUGAAAUUAGUGUAUACUCGAUGCUUACUGAAUAAUAUUUAAAAAAAAGGCAUUUGUUUAAUUAAUAUGUUUUUUUAGUGCGUGCAACACCUGUUUUUUAGGGGGGUACCAUCAUUUGAUAAACAAAAUCAUAACCCCCCCCCCCACCAAUACCAAAAUGCACAAUUCAAAUGAGGGUACCCCUUUUAUUUAUAUAUAUAUAAAAUAGAAUAUACAAAAAUGUACAAAAUUAUGCGACAUUCUCGGUUACGUCAACUGUCAUCGUUUGACGUAUGACAGGUGUAGUAUUGACUAGUGGUGAAAUUGACGUUGUGAUUUUGAACGUUUAGGUUAUUAUCACAUAGAAGAAGAAAAUUGAGAAUGUCGACGUUGUUUUUUUAUUUAGUGUUGCCGUUUGUGUACCAAUUCGGUGUCCAUAUUUUUUUGUCGUAUAUUGAUAAUAGCGUAAACUAAACUUGAGGGGAUAGUCAAUGUAGCCAAAAUUUUUUUCCUGUCAAAAAAAGUCGUUUAAAAAUAUCGAUUUUAUGAAUCAAUGUUUUUUUUAUUCUAACGUUUAUUCACUUUUUCGCACUUCCUCGUAUAUUUUUUGACGUUCAUGUUUUUUGUUUUUUACACAUUUUCUAAAAAAUUUUGAGUAAAAAACGUCAUUUGAAAAUAUCGAUUUUAUGAAUCAAUGUUCUUUUUACUGUGUCUAUGAUACGAUUCAAAUGUUUGUUUUUUUUAUUGCCCUUCUCCAAUUGAAUUCACGUUUUUUUAAAUCUUUUUUUGUACUUUAACUAAUUUUGACAUUUAAAUGUCGAUUUUACAAAUCUGUGCUUUCUAAUGUGCUUAUAUUUGAUUUAAAUAUUAGUUCUCUGAUUAAAUGCCCUUAUUCACUUGAUUUAUUGUCUCUUUUUAGUGUUUAAGCUACAAUUGACAUUUAAAUUUCGAUUUUACAAAUCAAUGUGCUUUCUACUGUACUUAUAUUUGAUUCAAAUGUAUGUUUUUUAUUAAGUAUUUCGUUUUCAAUUCAUUCUGCUUUUUUUCACCUUCUUUUGUGUUCGAGCUAAUUUUGACAUUUAAAUGUCACUUUUAUGCAUCAAUGUGCUUUUUAUUGUGCCCAUAUUUGAUUCAAAUAUUUCUUUUUUGAAUCAAUCCUCGAAUUUAUUGAAUCAAUUUGCGUUUUUCACAUUAUUUUCUUUCUUGAAUCAUAUUUUGUCAUUUAAAUGUCGAUUUUAUGCAUCAAUGUGCUUUUUAUUGUGCCCAUAUUUGAUUCAAUUAGCUUUUUUACAUUAUUUUCUUUCUGAUCAUAUUUUGACAUUUAAAUGUCGAUUUUAUAAACAAAUGUACUUCUUCCUAUGUCCAUAUUUGAUUUAAAUGUUUGUUUUUUUUUAAUACAAUCUUUAUUUUGCCUCUACUUGUGUUUUCUUCUACUUAUUUUUGUUUUUGAUCCAUAUUUCGACAUUUAAAUGUCGUUUUUCCAAAGUCUUCGUUUCAAAACUAACAUUUGACAUUUUCAGAUUUGAUGUUCUUUUUUAUUCAAUUUACUCCAGUAUAUAUAUAUCUCCUUUUUCAAGUAAAUUUUGACAUUUAAAUGUCAUUGUUCUUCUUUUUUGAUUCUUCCAUUUCUUAUUCUAUUUUCAAGUAUUUAUAGAAAUUCAAAUCAAUGACGCUUAUAUUUGACUUGAAUGUUCGUUUUGCUUUAAAUCUUCUUCUUUUUCGAUUUAUUCUUCUUUUUUAGUAAAUUUCGACAUAAAAAUGACGAUUUUUCGAAUAUACUUUUUUGUAUCUAAAAAAUUCCAAUUCAGAUUUUCGAACAUUCGAAAUGUUCUCUUAAAUCGAAAAAAAAUCGAUUUUUUCCAUAAAAUGUUGUCUACAUUGAUUAUUUUGUCACUUUGACAGAAUGUCGAUUUAUUUUCAUUCAACCACGUCAUUAUUUUAAAAACGGAACCGGAAAUUAACGUUUUAGCGAUAUUCGAACGUCAAAAUGACAGUUUGAAAAAAUCGACGCUCGGAUAUCGAAUAAACGACAAAAUAUUAUUUCAUUUUUCAAAUUUUUUUUAAAGACUGCUCAUAUGGCCGUUCAGUAAAUAAAAAAUAUUUCUAA